UUUGCGUGCGAGGAGGAGUCCCCCGCGGGCUUUCAGUCCCUCAGACCGUCCUGCUCUUCUGCUUCCAACUGUUCUCAGACCGACCACCGUCACCAUGCUGCUCUGCGGAGUUUGAAGAGCAGAUCUGCGUGGGACCUGAGUCGAAGGACAUGAACUGAAUAUGGAGAGCAUUUUUUGGACACAGGAGCGCGCGUAAAUCUGGACCUACCAUGCGCGUAAAGCCGGCUCUCGUGACAUCAGCGGAUGCGGAGAAGAAUCUGUAAAGUCUUGUGAACCGAAGUCAAAAAGUGAGGUAUGGAGUUUUCAAACCGAUCGCUUCUCAAUAACUUCAUUAUUCACUCGGACCUGAACCCGCUGACUGACUACCUGGAGGACAAUGAGACCAACACCACCACCGGGGAGCGCCUGUCGUCCGGGUGCGUCCAGAUCCGCGUGCCGCAGGAGCUCUUCCUGGCUCUGGGACUCAUCAGCCUGGUGGAGAACAUCCUGGUGGUCCUGGCCAUCUACAAGAACCACAACCUUCACUCGCCCAUGUACUACUUCAUCUGCUGCCUGGCGGUGUCCGACAUGCUGGUCAGCGUCAGCAACGUGGUGGAGACCAUCUUCAUGCUGCUCAACGACAACGGCUUGAUGGACGUCCACCCGGGGAUGCUGCGUCACCUGGACAACGUGAUCGACGUGAUGAUCUGCAGCUCCGUGGUCUCGUCCCUGUCCUUUCUCUGCACCAUCGCCGCGGACCGUUACAUCACCAUCUUCUACGCGCUGCGCUACCACAGCAUCAUGACCACGCAGCGCGCGGUCACCAUCAUCGUGGUGGUGUGGCUGGCCAGCGUCACCUCCAGCAUCCUCUUCAUCGUCUACCACACCGACAACGCCGUCAUCGUGUGCCUGGUCACCUUCUUCUGCUCCACGCUGGUCUUCAACGCGGUGCUCUACCUGCACAUGUUCCUCCUGGCGCACAUCCACUCGCGGCGCAUCAUGGCCUUCAACAAGAGCCGCCGCCAGUCCACCAGCAUGAAGGGUGCCAUGACCCUCACCAUCCUGCUGGGGGUCUUCAUCGUCUGCUGGGGGCCCUUCUUCCUGCACCUCAUCCUCAUCCUCACCUGUCCCACCAACCCCCUGUGCAACUGCUUCUUCAGGAACUUUAACCUCUUCCUCAUCCUCAUCAUCUGCAACUCGCUCAUCGACCCGCUCAUCUACGCGUACCGCAGCCAGGAGCUGCGUAAAACCCUGCAGGAGCUGGUCAUGUGCGCCUGGUGCUUCGGCCUGUGACAUCAUAUACAUUCAGGAAGAAAACGGAGGCAAACUGUCCUGUCCACCUCGUCGGCGGUGUCUUCUUCCUGAAUGUUUAUUAUGUCAGAAGCUGGCGCGGAACCGGACGGAGCGCCGGGUCCAGUGCGCAACUGCUGAGAAUCUUCCAUCCACGCGCGCGGGACUGAUGGCGUCUGGACUCUCUUGACUAAGAGAGAUUCUCUUUGUUAGUUAAGAGAGUCGCCUGUGACUUUUGGAUUUUAUUGACCUCCACAGGAGUCGAGAUGGAGACUGGAGAAAACUGCUGUCCAUCUAAACAUGAACGCCGGUAAAUGCUUCUCUUGGGUAACUCGCAGAAUCUGGAUGCAGUGACACCGUCAUAGACUUUAUCAUGUUUAAGUUAAGUAAAAAUAAAAUUAAAAUAACUGACAAAAAUAUUUACUUCACUGUAGAAAACCAGCCCUCGAGAAAGAAACCUGAUAUUAUUUUUAUACUUUCAAGAGCUUAAAGCCUUUAAUUCUUCCAAUCCUGACUUUUUUCAUGGUUCAUGAAUGUUAUUCAUAUUUAUUCAAAUAUUAAAAUCCAGAUUUUAUUGUUUGCCCCAAAUCAUCCUUUAUCGUUAUAUAAUAUUUAAACGAAUGUAAAAUAAGCUUUUCCUAUAAAUUUCUUAAAUUGUCAUCCCGUCUGGAUUUUUAAAAAAGUUUGUUUAACACAUUUAUAUGCUCAUUAGAAAAAUAUAUGGAGGUUAUAUUUUGGUGAAUAUUGUGACUCACUGACUUUAAAUGCAUGCAUCACUCAUUUUUACGAAACAAGAAUUGAGGAUCUUGGCAUCACACACAAGUUGACACGUUUUGUCUUUUGUGUUAAAGCAAUUUAACACGUAGAUAUUAACCGAAACACUGCUUUCCAUGUUAUGCUCCAUAUCUAAAUGUAGAUGGAAAUCAUAUCCAGAAUAAUAUCUAAAGUAAUAUUGACCUCCUCCAUCUGCAAAUUCAACUUUUGUCGUGAUGAAAUCAGUGUAAAUGUUACGAAAUUUCCUUUAUUUGGCCCAACUUUAACAGAAUAAGAUAAACAUUUUGCAGCCUUCAUUUUGAUCGCGUCUGAGGAGGUAAUCGUGGUGAGAAUAAUAAUUAUUAUUAAUUUAUUACGUCUCCGCUUCAACCUAAAACACGUUGGGCUGAUGCUGGAAGCUGAUUUAAAUAACUGUGACAGAAUCAUCUGCUCAGGUUUAUGAUAGAAAUGUAAAUAUGAUUCUUCCAAUACUUUGUUCUCCUCUGUCCUCACCAUUUUUCCUCUGCAUUUCACAUGUUUCAAAACGUCAAUCAUGGCUAGGGAGGAUGGUUUUAGGAGGACGAGAGUUGGGAUGGUCCUUGUUUGUUUGUAACAUGGCUUCCACGAUGUAGCUACACAGGUUUGCUGAAGUGGUGAGAACUCUGCUGAAAAUCUCCCGUUCCUUGUCGAUUCAGAUAGUUAUUUAUAGAUGUUCAUGACAACGUUGAAAGUGAUCACUGACUGUUGCACACUGUGGUACUUGAAUAUCUGCACUUGCUGGAUGUGCUCAUCUGUUUAUCCUCAUUUAUUUAUAAGUGGACCUACUGUAAAGAAAAAAAAGACUGCAACUCUUACCUGUGAAUAUUUCUCAGAACUUUGUAUUCUCCAUCAGUAACGUCACUGGAAGUUGCACUUGGCUGCUGCAGAAGCGUCUCUGUGCUCAUGAUUCAUGUGACACCAACAUUAUUAAGCAUAUU